AUUCGUUGGCAGAUCUUUGUAUACAGAGUCGCGCACUGUAUAAUAACAUACUGCUCGGUAAAAUAAUUUGCCAGGCCAUAACGCGGCAGAGGUUAUGGUGCCACGCACGUCGUAAACAAAACAGAAUGGUAGCAGGUUGGUGCUCUCUAAAAGUUUUUCGCGGAAUUAAAAUUCUACAUAAUAAAGAUGGAAUCCAGUUUGUACUCCGUCAGAGUGAAAGAAGAAGAGCCUAGUAGUGAUGAUUCGUUUAGUGAAAAUGAUAGUGAAACUAUUGAUGAGAAACCCGAUCUUGAAAACUUACAUCUGUUUCAAUUUCCAGCAGAAAAUUCCGCGCUUCAACAGAGCAACGAGACUGAUACCGAAUUUGAGUGCGAAGACGUAAAGCCCGAUAUAAAUUUAUUAGCAUCAAAUGAAAGUGGCGAUGGUAAUGCAACUCGAAACACAAUCAAUGCAGAACCCGCGGGUGACGCCGCAAAAGAAUCAAAUUCGAAUUCCAGCUCCAAACUCGCCCAGGCAAAUAAAAAAAGGAGAAUGAAAAGGAAGUUGCCUCUCUCCAAGCGUAAAGUCAGAAAAGGCGAUGAGGAUACAAGCGUCCAGUGUGAACAAUGUGGAAAAACGUUUUCAAACGCGAGUAGUUGUAAAAGGCACGUUCUGUCGUUGCACGAACAGAUUACCCACGCGUGUCACAUAUGCGGCAAUAAGUUCUCGUUCAAGAGUAAUCUCAAAGUGCACAUGGACUCGGUGCACGGCAACUUCACCGUUUCUUGCAAAAAAUGCGGCAAGUCAUUCAUGUACAAGUCGAAUCUUCGUACGCACAUCGACGAGGUGCACAACGGCAGCAGACACGCGUGCCAUCUGUGUGGACAGACGUUCACGCAGAGAAACAAUCUCCAACUGCACAUCGACGCCAUUCACAACAAGAUCACUUAUCCCUGUAAAAUUUGCAAGAAGUCGUUCACGCAGAAGAGCACUCUGAGGCACCAUACCGACGCUGUGCACGGCGACUCCAGCUACACCUGCGAGGUGUGCGGAGAGUCAUUCCAGCAAAAGAAAAGUAUCAUAGAGCAUCUCAAAGAGGAGCACAGCGAUGUCAAACACGCGCGCAUAAGAAAGAAUUGCCUACAAACCGGCACGGGUACGGAGCGCAAGCACAAGUGCGGUGUGUGCCAAAAAUCGUUCGCGAGGAAGUACAAUCUCCAGAACCACGUGGAAUCGGUGCACAGACCCGUCGUGCCCAAGUGCGACAAGUGCGGCAAGACGUUCGUCUACAAGUCCAGUUUGACGGCCCACAUCAAAGCCAUACACGGUGGCGUUUCGCACAAGUGCGGCAUCUGCGGGAAGAGAUUCAACAUGCUGUGCAACCUCGACCGGCACGUCAAAGCCUUCCACAAAGGCGUCAAUUUUACGUGCGACGCGUGCGGGAAGAUAUUCUCGCAAAAGAGGAGUCUUCGGAGUCACAUCAGCGAGAUGCAUUCGGAAGGAGGCUUUACGUGCGAUGGUUGUGGAAAGACAUACAAAAAUCAAUCUAGUCUCUAUAGACACAUCACAUCGUCGCACAGUAGCAAUAACCUCGGAUGCGAUAUUUGCGGAAAAAAAUUUUUACUCCGAUUUAACUAUAUCCGGCACAUCAAAAAGGCGCACACAGGUAUCCCCAGCGAGAAUGGUGUUACUCGAGAGCCUGCGGGAAAAAGCAAAAUUCCCGCAGAGUCCAGCCAAACUACACCGACCAUCGACUCGGUGCAUAAAGCUAGACAUAAUUGUAAUGUAUGCGGAGAAAAAUUCUCAACGAUGACUCGACUCAACGCCCACAUCGAUUUGGUACAUCACUCGAGCAAUGCAUCACAAUGAACGUAUGAAAUUUAAUGUACACGUUCUCAAGAAUAAUUUAAAAAUCUAUAGUUCCUUCAACUUGAUCAACUUAUGUAAAAACGAUGUUAAAGUUUAAGAAAAAUCAAUGAAUUUUUGGAAGAAAACGAAUCCCAUUCUUAUUAAUUGUAAGCUCAUGAAAUUUUACAACUUGAUGUUUAUUUUAUAAGCCUAAUGAAAUGUUCAACUUGAUGUUUAUUUUAUAAUCCUAGUCAUUUUUCAACCUACUUUGGUCGCCUUAAAUUUUGCAAGCUUCGUUGAUCCACAAUUGACUUUAUUACCUAAUUUAUACUACGAAUCACAUCACCACCAUUCACGCUUUUUAGUACGUAAAUUUUACGUAAAUAUUUUAUAAUGUUAACUUUUUUGAUACACAAAUAAAGUGAAUUUGAUAAGAAA